AAAGUAGCUGCUGCACCUCCUCAAGCUAUCACCCAACCAUGGGAGGAAACCCCCGAGUGUUCGACCUCUCCCAUGUCGCCCUCCACACCACCAGGAACGAUUGUUGGCUUGUCAUCAAUGGACAGGUGAUAGAUGUGACAAAGUUCCUGGAAGAGCACCCGGGGGGGGAGGAGGUGCUGCUUGAGGCGUGCGGCAAGGACGCGACCAAAGAGUUCGAGGCCAUCGGGCACAGCAAGGCAGCAUACGGCCUUCUGCUCAAGUACCAGGUGGGAGUAAUGCGGGGCUUCAAGCACGCCGAUGCUGCCCCUGCCGAGGAUGACGCUGGAGAAGGCACCAAGGCACGAGCACAUGUGAUGACCGGUUCGGCCAUCAAGGAUGACAAAAAGAUCAGAUGCCUUGGGGCGAUCGAGUUCGUAUUGCCUCUCGUGGUUGCUUCCUUUGCUUUCUGGUAUCGUUAUUCUGCUGGCCUGACAGGGAUGACCAAGUGAAGUUGAACCCCUUACUCGAAUAAGUGCUCUUUGUCUCCCGGCAGAACAUCUUGGAAUCGUUGUGUCGUAUCAGUGAUGCUUUGUUUGGUUAUCA